AUGGCCACCCCCGAUCUGAACGCGAUUCUCGCGGCUCUCGCCGCCCAUCCCUCAGCUACCCCCUCUGCAGCGCCCCAGCAGCCCCAACAGGCACAGCAUGCACCUCCGCAAGGCUUGCCAGCCGGGUUCCCUGGCGCAAUGCCUAGUGCCACUCCACCUGCAAUGCAUGGCUAUAAUUUCCCCACUCCCACACACUCUGGUAGUCUUGAUCUGAGUGCCAUCAAGCCCGUGAGCUCUGGCUCGGUGAGCAUCGAGGAUGCGCUGGCAAAGGCGCGCGGUUUUGCGGCCCAAAAAGGCCUUGCACAUGAAGCGCGUCCAGGUAUCUCUGAACCUUGGUCUGGUUAUGGUGUCCCAGCGCAAACUUACACGGCUGCAGCUUAUCAGGAAGAUCCGCGACUUAGCGGACGACAGCCGUACCGACGCUCUCGGUCGCGCUCGCGAUCUCCGGUGCGCCGAGAAGCAGCACGUGAAAGCUACAACCCAUACCGCGACGAGCGCCGUGAUGAGCGCAGAGGCGGCUAUGGGCGUGAACGUGAUCGCUCCCCCCCUAGGCGUGACACCUUCUCUCCCUCGCAGCAAUACGGGCAGGCGCGUUCGCCCCCCGCUAAUGACAACUCUGAGGUGAUUCUCAUUGACUCUUCGUUGGUUGGCUUGGUCAUUGGACGUCAAGGUGAGAGUCUUCGCCGCAUUGAACAAGAAUCCCAGACUCGUAUUCAAUUCAUCAACGGCCCCGAAUCCGGACCUCAACGCGAGUGCCGUAUAACCGGUAGUCCUGGUGCUCGUAUCAGUGCAAAGCGCGAAAUCAACCGUAUCAUCGAAGAGAAUGGUGGCAACCCUGCUCGUGAGACGGGCCGCAAUGCACGGCCUGCCGCUAAGACGGUUGGUCAGCAACAACCUGCUCUUAGAGAGGGUGAACAAUCGUCCCAGAUUAUGGUGCCUGAUCGUACUGUUGGUCUCAUCAUCGGCCGUGGUGGUGAAACUAUCCGUGAUCUGCAAGAGCGCAGUGGCUGCCACGUCAACAUUGUCGGUGAAAACAAGAGUGUGAACGGUCUCCGUCCUGUGAACCUCAUUGGAAGUCCCACUGCUGCUGCUCAUGCUAAGGAGCUCAUCAUGGAGAUUGUCGAUAGUGACACUAAGCAAAUGGAAGGCUCCGGUGGCCAGCAGCCGCAGCCGCAACAACAAUUCAACAACAGGCGUGAAACCUUCGACCCUUACGGCGGAGGCACAGCUGCAGGUGCAGCUGCAGGCAAGAUCAAUGACAGCAUUCAUGUUCCUUCUGACGCCGUUGGCAUGAUUAUUGGCAAAGGUGGUGAAACUAUCAAAUCGAUGCAGUCCGAGACAGGGUGCAAGAUUAAUGUUUCGCAAGCUUCUGGUGCUGAUAUCGAGCGCGAGAUUGGCCUCGUCGGAACUCGCCAGGCUAUUGAUGAUGCCAAACGUGCUAUCUGGGAGAAGGUUGAUCAAGUGCGAGAGAAGAACAACUCGCGACGACGUGAUAACGGAAAUCAAGACAAUGGCUACUCACAUCAACAGACACCGUCCUACGGACAAAGCGCUCCGCCAGCGCAGCCUCCACAGGCGGCUGCACCUGCUGCCGGCGGUGCUGCUGCUGAUCCAUAUGCUGUUUAUGGCGGCUACCAGAACUAUCUGGCUAUGUGGUAUGCUUCCAUUGCUCAGCAACAACAAGGCGGUCAAGGUGCCCAAGGACCUCCAGGCGCAUAA